GAAGGGAGGGCAAAGCAGCCCAGCAGCCCCCUUUGGCCAGGCGUGCGCCCUUGGCACGGAGCGCGGCGGGAGAGCCCGGGCGCCAGCAACAGCAGCAGCGGCGGCGGAGGAGACGUGGCAAGAAGCGGGUGACUUGCAACUGCGGACCCCCGGGCAAGGGGAGAGGCGAGCACGGCACAGCCAGCCAGCCCAGCCAGCCAGCCAGAGCGGGGAGGCCGGACGCGCCUGGCUGCUGCUGCCCGCGACCCUCGCCUCCGCCCGAGAGAGAGAGAGAGAGACCCCCCCCCCACCGGACCAAGAAGCCCUCUGGUGCCAGCAUGGAGGGUGGCGUAGAUGGCCCCAUUGGCAUCCCCUUCCCCGACCACAGCAGCGACAUCUUGAGCAGCCUGAACGAACAGAGAAACAACGGGCUCCUCUGCGACGUGGUGAUCCUGGUGGACGGGCAGGAGUUUCCCACUCACCGCUCGGUCUUGGCGGCCUGCAGCCAAUACUUCAAGAAGCUUUUCACCUCAGGGCUGGUGGUUGACCAGCAGAACGUGUACGAGAUAGACUUUGUGAGCGGGGACGCCCUCUCGGCCUUGCUGGAAUUCGCCUACACCGCCACUCUGACCGUCAGCACUUCAAACGUCGGCGAGAUCCUCAAUGCCGCCAAGCUGCUAGAGAUCGAGGCGGUGAGGGACGUCUGCACGGAUCUCCUGGACAGGAAGAUUCUGGCCAAAACGGACCAGAUGGAUACAGUAGAUCAAAUUGAUCAAAGGAACCAUCUCCGAGCAAAAGAAUACCUGGAGUUUUUCCAGAGUAAUCCCAUCAACGGCCAACAGGGCACCUUUUCAUGGACCAACCACGACUUGCGAGACCUUCAGAGGCUCACCUUCCAUGGCCGAGAGGAGGACGAAGAGCCGGAAUGCAACGGCAUGGACUUCUACUCGCAGGCCGCUCUCAGUGACAGACCAAAGGCAAAUGACUGUGAUCCCGACACCAAGCACGCCAUGUGGGACGAGGACGAGGUGACGGGCCAGGCACCCUUGUUCCCCGCCGCUCAAAACGGACAGUUCGGUGGACGUAGCCUGCCGGUGUCCAUGGGGGAGGACGACGGGCCAGCCGGCAUUCCGUUGGACCAGCAGGAGGCGGGCGAUUCUCCAGCGUUUGCUUCCGGCGGAGCCGAGCGAGAGGAGGACUCGCGGGAAGUGGACGGCUUGGCCGCCAGCGCGCUCCUGCAGCAAAUGAUCAAUUCGGUGGGACGGCAGCAGUUGGCCGACGAGGACCGUAAGGACGACGACGGAGUCAUGGAUUAUUACUUGAAUUAUUUUAGCACUUCCCAAGAGGGCGGCGAAUAUCCGUCCUGGUCUCAGAAGGUGGAGAAGAAAAUCCGUGCAAAAGCAUUCCAGAAAUGUCCCAUCUGCGAGAAAGUCAUCCAAGGAGCCGGCAAGCUCCCGCGCCAUAUUCGAACCCACACCGGAGAGAAGCCGUACGAGUGUAACAUUUGCAAAGUUCGGUUUACAAGGCAAGACAAGCUGAAGGUCCACAUGAGGAAACACACCGGGGAGAAGCCCUACUUGUGCCAGCAAUGCGGCGCUGCCUUCGCCCACAAUUACGACCUGAAAAACCACAUGCGCGUUCACACGGGCCUCCGCCCGUACCAGUGCGAGAGCUGCUUCAAGACUUUCGUCCGAUCCGACCACUUGCAUCGGCACCUUAAGAAAGAUGGCUGCAACGGCAUUCCUUCCCGCAGGGGGCGCAAACCCCGGGUGAGAGAAGCGGCCGUCGUCGCCCCGGUCCCGAGUUCGAAUCCCGACGACAGCGGCAGCCUGGCGGGAGGCGAGGAGGCGGAGGAGAUGCAGGGGCCCGCCGCGCCCCAGGACGAGUUAGAAGAGCACUUUGAAGAGAGUUCGAACGCCAACGAGGCGUCGGGAAGUUUGAAUGUAGCUGGGGGAAUUAUCUGAGGGUAUUAAAAAAAAAAAAAACACGAGGACUUUCCUAAACCAAAAAGAAAGAAAGAAAAAAAAAAGUGUCACAAAAUCUAGUUAUAACUUUCCUCCGGUUCCUCUUGAGAAAAAAAAAAAGUAUAUAUAUAUAUAUGGUUUCCUCACCUUUUUUUUUUUUUUUUGGGACAAAAUGCAAAAAAAAAAAAAAA